UCAAGUUUGCCCAGUUCAACACACUCUCUUUCCAGGAAAACCCUGUGCCUAUAUGCCUCUAUAAAUACCCAUAUUUCCUACAACUAACUUCAUUCACUCACCAACUAUCAAUUCCUCUAUAUAUCAGAUUUAUAUAAUUUUUUGAAUUGGAUAUAUAGGAGAGAUAUAUAUAUCAGAGAUGGCAGGGAAUCAUGGAGAGCAUUCAGUGGCUUUGGAUAUCAGCGAUGAUCAUCAUCAUCAUCAUACUGCAGAUGAUGCAUCUGAAACAACCUGCAAUAAUAACUUCAUUUUCACUCUUCCCUUUAUCCAGAAGGUGAUUGCGGAGAUUUUUGGGACGUAUUUCUUGAUUUUCGCCGGGUGUGGGGCGGCGGCGGUGAACGCCGACAAGGGGACGGUGACGUUCCCCGGAGUAGCCAUCGUGUGGGGGCUGGCGGCGGUUGCCAUGAUCUACUCCGUCGGCCAUAUCUCCGGCGCGCAUUUCAACCCCGCCGUCACCAUUGCUUUUGCCACCUGCAGAAGGUUCCCCUGUGCACAAGUACCUGCUUAUAUACUAGCUCAGAUGAUCGGAGCAACCGCAGCAAGUGGAACCUUACGGCUAAUAUUUAACGGAGAACAUGAUCACUUCGUCGGAACAGCUCCAGCGGGAUCGAAUUUGCAAUCUCUUAUCAUCGAGUUCAUAAUAACAUUCUACCUCGUGUUCGUCAUUUCAAGUGUUGCUACUGAUACUCGAGCGGUCGGAGAACUUGCGGGCGUGGUUAUUGGAGCUACCAUUUUGCUCAAUGUCAUGUUCACCGGGCCAAUAACAGGGGCAUCAAUGAAUCCAGCAAGGAGUUUGGGUCCAGCAAUAGUAUCAAAUAGAUACAGAGGAAUAUGGAUAUAUAUGUUGGGUCCAACUGCAGGGGCCAUUGCAGGUGCAUGGGUCUACAACAUCCUCAGGCUCAAAAACAAACAAUAAUUUCUUUUGGGGCGACGAGAGAAACUCGCAAUCACUAUUUGAUACAUAGUGCACUGAGUAAAUCCAGAUUUCCUAUAACAAACCGGUUAAAACCAAGAAGACUGAGAUUCAAACUCGUAACAUUGUGAUUACAAUUUUGUAUCUUUAGUCAACUUGGCUGGGUUAUGGUUUUCCAUGAUAACUUGUUAUGGGAAAGUUUUAUAGUGUGUCACACUAAAAGGUAUAGGUGUUCAUGAUGCUUUAUUUCAUUUCUUAAAGCGGUAUAGAAAUAAAUAUGCUUUAAAUACAAUUGCAGCUUCUCUUUGUAGAGCCCAAUGUAGCAUAGAAAGUUGCUAUUCUUUUGUACUCCUUUCUAGAAAUGAAUUAAUAUUUGAGCAAAAAAAUUGUAUUUCCUUUA